UAAAUAUACAGUGAAAGCUACAGAAAGAGGUGGGCGAGGAGGUCAAGAUGAUUGAUGGUUUGGAGCCCAUAAGGCAUGAGUGGGCGCUAUGUAUAUCCUGCUGUCGAAAAGAAAGUAAGAUUUUUCAAUGUUCUCACGCUACACUGUACUAAAGAAGGCUUCGAGGCUGAAUUCUCCAGCAGCAGUCGCUUAUCCAUCUUCUCCCUCAACGUACCUGCAGAUAUCUGAGCCAAGGGACUUCCCCCCUGCCCUGAAGCGCUACGGAACAGGUUUUUCUCUUUCCUUUCUUGUUCUUUAUUGAUAUUUUUGUUUUCCCUCCUGAAAGACUGAAAUAAAGCGAGCGUCAGGAGGAAGACACGAUCCAUUCGACCUCCAACAGUCAUUCCAGCCGCACACGAUUCCCAGCGACGGAGAUAACAACCUUCGUGACAACUACUUUUCACGCUGAAAGGAACGUAGGUCCACCUAUAACCACACCGAACAAUGUUUCCUACCAAUCAUUCCACAUCCGACAACAAAACCAUGACGAGCACCGUCGAGAAAACAGUAAACCCGACGCCGGUAACGACGAGAAAACCGAAAUAUUUGGUCGCCGUCUUUAGUGUGUUAGUGGUUAGCAUCGUGGCUGUGUUGGUCGUAACGGUUGCGUCUCAAGCGAGGAACAGUACGAGACAGGAACAAUAUGAAAACAAUGCAGCUUCAUUAGCGACAGAACUCCGCCAUCCGCGAUUCAUCGGUCAGCCUGUCACUGCCGCUGCUGUAGCCAGCGUCACAACAGAAACGGCAGAGUCCAUCAUUCUGAAGAACGUGAAGGCGUUUAUGCGGGUUGUCACGCCGUUAACAACAGUUGGCAACAACGGAACGAGUGCCCCGAGACAAAUCCUUCAACAAGAGAUUGCCAGUGUUGAUAACAAACCGGGUGCAUCCGAAGUGUAUUCAACUGAAAAAGUGAUUUAAACAAAAAGAAGAAAGGCGAAACAACACACCAGACAAAAAAGAUCGAAACAUCCAGUGGUCGUAAUACUCGUUUUUUUUUUUUUUAAUGCUUCAAUCGGGCUGUUUCCAAACAAAGGCGAAGCUUUUUACUCUCCAGAAAAAGUCCACCGUUAACUACGUAUUGGUUCUCGUCAUUUCGAAAUCUCAUUUAAAAUUUGCUUGACCAAUAUGAGGCUCGAGAUAACAUGAUCAUCACCCUAUAUGUAUACGUCAUACGUAUGUAAUAACCGGAAUUUUAAAAUUAUGUCAAAUACUAUUAUCUCAAAUGUUAUUACAAUUUUUUAAAUAGAAAACAAAAAAAAAAUAUAUAAAUAUUUCCUUUUAA